AUGGGAAUGGCUAGGGCUAGUCCACAUAAAAGUGGUAUAGUUUUUAGUGAGCAGGCCCAUGGUCUGGCCAUAACUUAUAAGGCCCCGUGGGCUUCUCUCUUUGUUCUUUUUCCCUACGGCUGCUCAUGGAUGUUGUUUGUGGUGAGGCACUACUCUAGAAUUCAACCCCCAAGGCCUGUUUCUGUUGAACCAGUAAUCAGAGUAUCUAACAAUAUUGCCCGCCUGGAUGCCCCUAAAGAAGGUCCAAAACCCAGACAGCUGUUAUCAUUGCCUCCUUUUCCUAGUCACCCCUUGCCUGCCAAGAGCUCAAAUAGUGGUCCAGGACAGCGAGAGUAUGUUACUGCUGUUAAUUGGAUUAAGUAUUACUUCAAGGGUACAUGGGGUUCUGUCAUUGAAUCCCAUUUCAGGGAGGGUCUUGACCGUUUCUGGCAGAAUUGGAUGGAGGUGCUUUUGGUGAAUAUGGAUGGUGUUUGGUUGGUGCAUGGAUGGCCAAAGCUUUGGUGGGUGCAAAUGGAAGACUUAGUUGCUGCUGACUCUAACACUCAGAAAGGAAAGCUGAUGAAACCUUUGAGGAAGAUUAGACCUAAUGAAGUGAUGAAACAUGGUGUCAGAGUUCACGUACCUGUAUCAAUUGCUGAGACUAGAAUUUCCAAAAGAUAUGAUGCUAUUCCUAGUGGAACACUAUAUCCAAAUGCUGACGAAAUUAAGUAUCUGCAAAGGCUUAUGAUUUACAAGGACUCAGCUAUUAUUGUGCUUAAUAAACCCCCAAAAUUGCCGGUUAAGGGGAAUUUGCCAGUUCAUAAUAGCAUGGAUGCGUUGGCAGCUGCUGCACUUUCCUAUGAUUAUGAUGAGGGCCCUAAACUAGCUUGGAAUGAUGCAUGUGAAGCUACGUAUCAGAGGUAUUGGGCAUUGGUCAUAGGGACUCCCAAGGAGAAGGAAGGCACAAUUCAUGCCCCGCUCUCUAAGGUGCUUCUAAAUGAUGGGAAGACUGAGAGGAUAAUACUAGCUCACCAUUCAAGUGUAGAACCACGUCAAGAGGCCGUAACCGAAUAUCGGGUGCUUGGUCCAAAGAUAAAUGGAUGCUCGUGGGUAGAGCUACGUCCACUUACUUACCGGAAACAUCAGUUGCGCGUCCAUUGCGCUGAAGCUCUUGGCACACCAAUAGUGGGUGACUACAAGUAUGGUUGGUUUGUGCACAGCCGAUGGAAACAAAUGCCGCGAGUCGAUAUCGAACCAACAACUGGAAAACCAUACAAGUUGCGGAGGCCAGAAGGCCUAGAUGUUCAGAAGGGAAGUGUUUUAUCAAAGGUUCCACUUUUGCAUCUUCACUGCAGAGAACUUGUGCUCCCCAACAUUGCCAACUUUCUUCAUGUUUUGAACAAUCGUUCAGAAGAACUACACAGUUCACUUAGCCAGCAGCCUGAUGUUCUUCGAUUUGGUGACUUUUACAACAGUUCUCUGCCUGCUGUUUCACAAGCAGAAUCUAAGUUUGACGCUCACAGGAAGCAUAACCAAUCUCAGUCUCAGAUCAUGGCAGGAAACAUCUCUGGUCCAAGUGGGAGCAAGGGUGCAAAUAUUUUACUUAAUCAUGACUUUUCUAGUGGGCUGAACUCUUGGCAUCUCAAUUCCUGCACUGGCUAUGUAAUUUCAGCUGAAAAAGGUAUUCAAGGAGGAAUUUCAAUGGAGUUGGGUGUUAAUUAUGCUGUUAUCACUGACCGAAAGGAAUGCUGGCAAGGCCUUGAGCAAGACAUCACAGACAGAAUUUCCUCUGGUUCCACUUACACAGUUUCGGCUUGUGUGGGAGUAUCCAGGCUUUCUCAGGGAUCUAGUGAUGUUCUAGCCACUCUGAAGCUAGAAUAUCAUAAUUCAGCUACUAGUUACUUGUUCAUUGGAAGAACUUCUGUUAAUAAGGAUAGUUGGGGAACGUUGGAAGGGACAUUCUCAUUGUCAACUAUGCCUGAUCGGGUUGUAUUCUAUUUGGAAGGACCUGCUCCUGGAGUUGACUUACUCAUACGAUCAGUAGAGAUAAGCUGUUCCACUCCAAAUAAUAAUACCACCAGCACAGCAUGUGUUUCAGUGGGAGAUGAUAACAUCAUCAUCAACCCGCAAUUUGAUGAUGGUCUGAAUAACUGGUCUGGAAGAGGCUGCAAGAUUAUGUUGCAUGAUUCCAUGAAUAAUGGGAAAAUUGUUCCAAAAUCUGGGAAAUUCUUUGCAUCCGCAACAGAACGCACACAGAACUGGAAUGGAAUUCAGCAAGAUAUCACUGGACGCGUGCAGCGUAAGCUGGCCUAUGAGGUCACUGCAUUAGUUAGAAUAUUUGGAAACAAUGUCUCUACUGCUGAUGUACGGGCUACUUUGUGGGUCCAAGCACCAGACCUUAAAGAGCAGUAUAUAGGCAUUGCAAAUAUGCAGGCAACAGAUAAAGAUUGGGCUACUAUGCAGGGAAAAUUCCUUCUAAAUGGUUCUCCAACAAAAGUGGUCCUUUAUUUAGAGGGCCCCCCUCCAGGCACUGACAUUCUUCUCAAUAAUUUGGUCUUAAAGCAUGCAGCUAAAACACCUCCUUCAACCCCACCAGAUGUUAAGAAUGUUACUUAUGGGGUUAAUAUAAUUGAGAACAGCAAUCUAGCUGAUGGCACCAAUGGAUGGUUUCCCCUUGGCAAUUGCACUUUAAGUGUUAAAACUGGUUCACCACAUAUAAUUCCACCAAUGGCAAGAGAUUCUCUAGGGCCUCAUGAACUCCUAAGCGGGCGCUACACCCUUGUAACUAAUCGAACACAAACAUGGAUGGGUCCUGCUCAGAUCAUCACUGAUAAAGUGAAACUCUUUUUGACUUAUCAAGUGUCUGCUUGGGUCCGGAUUGGCUCAGGAUCAUCAGGGCCACAGAAUGUGAAUGUUGCCCUUGGUGUUGACAACCAAUGGGUCAAUGGAGGACAAUCUGAGGUUUCUGAUGACAUGUGGCAUGAAAUUGGAGGGUCCUUUAGAAUUGAAAAGCAGCCAUCAAAGGUUAUGGUUUAUGUCCAAGGUCCGGCUUCUGGUGUGGACUUAAUGGUGGCUGGACUUCAAAUUUUUCCUGUGGAUAGACCUGCAAGAUUUAGAUAUUUAAAGAUCCAAACAGAUAAGAUUCGUAAACGAGAUGUUAUCCUGAAAUUCUCUGGGCUGGACUCUGGCAGCUACGCUAACACCUCUGUGCAAGUUAGACAAACACAGAAUGAUUUCCCAAUUGGAACAUGCAUCAGUAGAACAAACAUUGAUAAUGAGGACUUUGUUAACUUCAUUGUAAAGCACUUUAACUGGGCUGUGUUUGGAAACGAGUUGAAGUGGUAUUGGACCGAGCCACAGCAAGGGAAUUUAAAUUACAAGGAUGCUGAUGAUCUGUUAAGCCUGUGUCAGAAGUACAACAUACAAACUCGUGGUCAUUGUAUCUUCUGGGAAGUGGAUGGAGUAGUUCAGCAGUGGAUCAAAUCACUGAACAAAAACGAUUUGAUGACGGCUGUCCAGAACCGCCUAAACGGCCUUCUGACUCGCUACAAGGGCAAGUUCAGUCACUAUGAUGUCAACAAUGAAAUGCUGCAUGGUUCAUUCUUCCAAGAUAGGCUAGGCAAGGACAUAAGGGCUAACAUGUUCAAAACUGCAAACCAACUAGACCCUUCUGCUACACUCUUUGUGAAUGAUUAUCAUGUUGAGGAUGGAUGUGACACCAGAUCAUGUCCAGAUAAGUACAUCCAUCAUAUUCUUGAUUUGCAAGAGCAAGGUGCCCCAGUUGGGGGAAUUGGAAUUCAAGGUCACAUAGAUAGUCCAAUAGGGCCUAUUGUGAGUUCUUCCCUUGACAAGUUGGGUAUUCUUGGUCUUCCUAUAUGGUUCACUGAGCUUGAUGUGUCUUCCAUCAAUGAGUAUGUCAGAGCAGAUGAUCUUGAAGUAAUGCUACGUGAAGCGAUGGCUCAUCCUGCGGUAGAAGGCAUAAUGUUGUGGGGUUUCUGGGAGCUGUUUAUGAGUAGGGACAAUGCACACUUGGUGAAUGCAGAAGGUGACAUCAAUGAGGCUGGGAAGAGGUUCCUAGCUCUAAAACAAGAGUGGUUGUCUCACAGCCGUGGCCAUGUUGAUGAACAGGGCCAAUACAACUUCAGAGGCUUUCGUGGAACAUAUAAUGUGCAAGUUGUGUCCCCAUCAAAGAAAAUUUCCAAGACAUUUGUGCUUGACAAAGGUGACACGCCACUGGUGGUAUCAAUUGAUUUAUAA